CACUACCCACUCCACGUCUGCCCUUCGUCUUCCAUUACCCCUCCUCCGUCCAACCUGCCAUAAUCCUCUGCACUCGAUACCCGAGGGAUCAAAGGAUCACAUACUCCAACUCGGAUAGCGUUGUUAACUUGUUCCCUUUGUCCACCAUUGGCUGCUGCAUGUCCAUCAUGUCGUCGAGAGAGGUCCGAAAACCCGGCAAGCAAGGCACCUGGUAUCUUGGUGAUGCGAACAGGCUCUCGGAUCAGCUAGAAGGAUUUCUCGGGGAUGUCCCUAAUCAAAUCGACGGCUCCGAUGUUCCUAUUCCCCGUGCCAGGGUCAUAAUGGCACCGUCAGUUCCAACCUGCCAGGUCCCUUUGGAGCGGCUGAGCUACGUGCCGUUGCAUCGAGUGCUAACCAGGGGUAUGGGCUACAGGCAUGCUGGCUACAGCUAUUCGGGCCCGACAGCGGCGUGGGCUUACAAGAGCCUCGAUCUCAGCCAAGCCAAGCGUGUCUUCCUCCUCGGACCGUCACACACGUUCUAUCUCCGGGGAUGUGCCUUGACGAGCUUCAAAAAAUAUGGGACCCCGUGGGGAAACCUGGAGGUGGAUCAGGAGAUCACGGAGAAGUUGAGACGAGACCACGAUAUCCCCGACAUCCCCUCUUCCAACGACAACAGGGAGCACUCGCUCGAGAUGCAUCUGCCGUUCCUCUGGGUGUCGCUCCUCAACGCCUUCGGCUCGCCCGAUAAGUUCCCCACCCUCGUGCCUAUUCUGGUGGGGGACAACGACAAAGCCGGCGAGCGCGAGGCGGGGUCCUGGCUCCUGCCCUACCUCCGCGAACCGUCCAACGCCUUCAUUGUCAGCUCCGACUUUUGUCACUGGGGAGACCACUUCAGCUACAGGCCCUACAGCCCGGAAGCCAAGGCGGACAGCACCCUGCGUCAGCUCUCCCACCGCUCCGUGCCCAGCGGCAAGCCCAUCCACGAGACCAUCAAGGUGCUGGACGAUCUGGCCAUCGAAGCCAUCAAGUCGGGCAAGUACGAGCAGUUCUACGACAACUUGGCCGCCACCAAAAACACCGUAUGUGGACGCCAUCCGAUCGGGGUCACGAUGGCCGCUUUGGAGGCCCUGGCGGCCGAGCGGGGUGCGGGCGAGGACGAAUGCAGGUUCAAGUUCAUUCGCUAUGAUCGUAGCAACCUUGUCGAAGAGCCGGACGACUUCAGCGUGAGCUACGUGUCGGCCUACGCUGUUGUUUGAUGUUUGAUGAGGGAUGUCUCUUUCUCUUUCUGCUAUAUUUGCUAUUGCGUGUUUGGGAAAUCGGGGUCCCUCUUUAUAAGCGAGUAAAUGAUUAGUAAGCGAUUGCCCGGAUGUGAUCUCUGAGCGGUAGCGGGCCGCCAAUUCCACCGAUACAACAUAUCUGGGUGCCCGUUGUUACUCGUGCCACGCCCCACUUAUUUGUUGGCGCCUUUUUCCGUUUCGGACUUCGUCCUUCGUGCAUCGAUUACUAAGACGCAGGUGCAUAAUAAUAUAAAUUCAUAACUUCAUGAAAAAUGUCAGGUC